CGCCUUCCUCUUCCUCCUCCAUCCCUCUCCGUCCAUAAAGGUGGGACAUGGACAUUUCUGAAAGACAAACCAACCUUUUUAAAUGAAAAAUGAGCUACAUGUUGACAAGAGACAAUUUAGCAGAUAAAAGGCCUUAUUAGAAUAUAAAAUGACCGACUUUGGAAAAGAGUGGCAGUUAGCCGGGCGGCGAAAAGACGCAGCACGAAAAUCAAAGACGCGUAAAAGGUCUCCACCAUCUGCACGUUGUCAGGAGGAGGACUUGGACAUUGAGAAAACUGUCAAAAGAAUUAAAGACACAACGUCUGAGCUAGGCUGUGAAGAGUUUUGGCAGAAAUGGAAAGAGCAGAUCCUGGUGGCAAGUUCCUUUUCAGGAUUUUUUGAGGGUGAGCGCACAGAUCAUUCAUUUGAGGAGCCAGAGCGGUGCCAAGAAGGGAGACCAUGUCAGCAGCUGGAGUGUGUGUGUUACGGUCUAGGCUCCUUCUCCUCUUGUCCCUCUGCUCGUUUUCAGCUUGCUAUGUUGCUGCUGCUUCUGGAUGCACGGCAGAUUCCAUUGAAGAACUGUUUGGUUUUUGAUCCAAUAUUUUCUAAUGGAGAGAAGAUGGUUUUAAAGAAGCUGGGUCUGAAUGUGCUCUCAGAAAAUGAGGAAGGAAAACGUUUGGCAACAAAGCCCACAAUCUUCUAUCUGAUGCAUUGUGGGAAAGCCCUGUACAACAACAUUUUAUGGAAGAACUGGAGCACAAAAUGUCUUUCUCUGAUCAUGAUUAUCGGAAAUGGCUUUACUGGGAUGAAGGACAGGUCGAUUGACAGAGAAUUUCAGCGUGACUACAGCUACAUGAACCAGGCUUUGGAUGUUUGCGAAGAGAAACAACUGCCUUGUCCAACACGUUUUAUUGAUGUUUUCGGUGACACAGCAACCAUUACCUUUCCUCUUGGCAACCUAAGUAAACUCCCACAAUCCACCUGGGUAGAGCCACAGGAACCAGAGUACCAACACUGCCCUGAUUUGGAGAUAAUUCUAAAGAAAAGUCAGAUGUGAUACUCGGAGAAGGAGACAAUGGACUUUUAAAAUACUAUGGUAUUCACAUUAAUACCAUAGUAUUUAUGUGAAAAUAUUUUUUUUCUUUAAUUCACAUUAAAGAAAAUAAUAAUAUA